UGAGGGGAGUCCUGCUCAGCGCCGCCUCUGGUCAGGCUCUGAUGUGACGCCAUGUUUCCCUGGAGCUUCUUCUUGUGAAUGACAUCAUCACCAUCAACAAGCUGCGUCCUCGUGUCACCGGGGUGACGUCAUGCCUAACUGGAGCUUAAAUGAGCGGGUGGCUGCUGGUGCGUCAGGCGGAGACGCGAGGAGAGAUGCCAUAACAGCAGCAGCAUCAGGACCACAGAGCGACCCCAGCGAAGCCCCGACGCCCCUGCAGAGUGCGGCCCAGCGGGAAGCGGCUCAUGCUCCAUCCGCCCCGCGGCGCGUCACGCCCGGAUCGUGUAGCAGGGCUGCGGCGGGGAGCGGCGGAGGAGCGGCGGCGUCAGGAGCGGAGGAUGCUCUGCGGUUUGCCAGCAGGCCUGUGAAGAUGAGCGUGACAUCAUGGUUCCUGGUGAGCAGCUCAGGCACUCGGCACCGCCUGCCGCGGGAGAUGAUCUUCGUGGGCCGCGAGGACUGCGAGCUGAUGCUGCAGUCGCGCAGCGUGGACAAACAGCACGCCGUCAUCAACUACAACCCAACAACCGACGAGCAUCUGGUGAAGGACCUGGGCAGCCUGAACGGGACGUUUGUGAACGACCUGCGGAUCCCUGACCAGACCUACAUCACCCUCAAACUGUCCGACAUCAUCCGCUUCGGAUACGAUUCUCACGUCUACGUUCUGGAGAAAAGUCAACACAAAGUCCCCGAGGAGGCGCUGAAGCACGAGAAGUACAGCAGUCAGCUGCAGAUGAGCCUGAAGGCAGCAGAGGGGAGGAAGAGUGAGGAAGAGGAGAGGCAGCGAGGAGACAAGACAACGAGCACAAAGGCCGUCACACAAGAGACUCCUGUGAGCCGGCCGACUCCCCUGUACGGUCAGCCGUCCUGGUGGGGAGAGGAGGAUUAUGGGAGCAAAGUCCAAAGCAGCGAUGAGCCUCAUCCAGAUUUCCCGGGGUCUCUCUCAGACUCCCAGCCGAAGACCGUCUUCCCUUCCUACCACCGUGAGCCCAGCUACUUUGAGAUCCCCACCAAGGACUUCCAGCACCAGAAAGCCUCGGAGGCCGAGCUCCACGAGAUCCCCACCAAAGACACGGACGCGCCCAAUGCCCCGCCCUCUCCGCCCACCCCCACGCCGCCCGUCGUCCAAAGCCACGCCUCCUUCACCAUCGAAUUUGACGACUGCAUGCCCGGCAAGAUCAAAAUCAAAGACCACGUCACCAAGUUCUCCACCCGCCAGAGGAAGGCCCAGGCGGCCCCCGUUAAGACCGCCCCUUCCGCCGCCGCCCCCACAGACAUGAUGUCGGCGCAGAGCAAAGUGGCCGAUUGGCUGGUCCACAGUGAUGUCAGCAUGAUGAGGAGGCACCCGCCAUGCGAGGACGUCUACAGCACCAAGAGCGACCUCGCCAUGAACAUCAAGACCCUUAAAGGUCACCACCAUGAGGAUGGAACCCAGAGUGACUCUGAAGACCCGGUUCUUAAGUCCCAACACUCGGUCCAGUCAGAGCAGACUGAGUCGUCUGGGCAGGCGGUCCAGUCGAGUCAGCAGCCCGUUCCAACACAGAAGCACCAACAUGUGCUGCAGUACUCUCCGCCCAGACAGGCCCCUUCCUCAGCCGUGGCCCCUGAGCGGCCCCUGUCCCAGAGCCCCCCUCACCCACCGUCCCCCACGGAAACACCCAAACAGGGGCCCUCCGAGCACCUCACCCAGCAGGCCUUCAUCAUCGAGUUCUUCGACGACAACCCGCGCAAGAAGCGCUCGCAGUCCUUCACCCACAACCCCGCUCACGGCGACUCUUACUCCACCCUCAAGGCCAAGAUUGAGCGGCGGAAAGGAGGCGAGAGGCCAGCAUCCAUGCAUGGACACAUCCCCCCCACCCAGCAGGUGACGGUUCCCUUAAAGGGUCAGGGCCACAGCGGCCCCCAGAGAUCAAGCUCUCUUAAGCGGGAGAAGACGGAAGGGGAGCCGGCUUCCUCGAGUUCCUCCUCUCGGUCUUCGUCGGGAAUCGUCAUCAGACCGUUCGGCAGCGUCGGGAAGAAGUCAAAGCUUGCACAAGAGUUUGCUGCAGAGUUCCUGAAGGACUCCGUCCAGAAGGACACCUCCCCAACCAGAGACAAAGACUUAGCUCCUCCGAUGUCUGCACCACCUGUGAUGGUUUCCCCCCCUCACGCCCAGAUCCCAUCUCCACAGGAACCUCCAGCACUCUCCUCAGUUUCCUACCCCUCAUCCCCGUUACAACCUUCACUAACUAAGUCCUUCAAACCCCCCAGCGGGUCGGUGCAGGCGGCUCCUCUGGUCCACCCAUCUGGGCCCCACAUGUCCCCCAUGAUGUCCCUGGCCGUCCGUGGGGGAGACCCCAAAGUUUCCCAGAGGAUGGUGAGGAACGAGGAAGACGACAGCCUGAGCGAUGCGGGGACGUACACCAUCGAGACGGAGUCGCAGGACCAGGAGGUGGAGGAGGCUCGCAACAUGAUCGAUCAGGUGUUUGGUGUCCUUGACUCCCCGGAGUACAGUGGUGCAACCACAGGAGUCUAUAGACCUGUCAUACAUGAAGGCAAAGAUGAGCCCCGUAACCUGCCUGGUGAUGGCAGCAGUGCGGACCUAUUGCAUGGCUUUAUCCCAGCAGCUGUCAGUGCCCCCCCAACAGGUCCCAUGCAGGUUCAGCCUCACGGAGCGGAUCUCGAGGGACCUAGGUGGGUUUCUCGCUGGGCCAGUCUAGCGGACAGCUAUGCAGAGCCUGGUUCUACUCCUCCUCAAGUGGACUGUCUCGAAGAUUUGCGCUACAUGAGCCAUUCGAUGGGAAGUUACAGCUACGACACGUCCGAGUCGGAGACGAGCCACAGCUCCAGGACCAGAAGGCUGCUGCCUCAAGUUCCUCCAGACAAGGUGGAAAGUGGUCCUCCAAGCAUCCUGAUUCGCCAUGAAUCCUACCAGGGCCAUAAACCUCUGGACAGAGUUCAUGGUCCUCCCUGCUCACAGGACUCCGCCCAGCGCCUGGUGGUGCAGGACGACGUGGACCCGGACAGCCUGAGUGACGCCAGUCGCUCUGAGGAUGGAGCCGCUCUGGUGAAUGCGAAGAAGUUUGACGUCAGGACCGGAAACAUGUCCCCAGGUUAUCCAAUUAAAGUUCAGGAGAAGGUUUCUCCAACCAACAAAUCCACCUUCUUCUACAUUGGUGCCGAGGAACAUCCGGGCAAGCCUGAACCGGCCCGCAGCCCCGUACAGGGUGAGAAGACUCGAGACCCCCACGCCAAAACUCCUCCUACGACCGUCCUGAUCCGGCACCUGAGUGGACACGAACCAAGGAGGACGGGCGUCAAACCCAACAACUCUGCUCCAAACCUCCAAACGCAGGACAAAGACGCCGUUCCUACAAAAGACGGCAACAUCGUCCGCCAGGAGAGCUUCACCAAAGACCGGCCCAGCGACACCAUCCAGAUGAAGAAGCUUCCUCACAUCUCCAGCCACCCGUCCAUUCGGGACAUGGAGCAGAGUCGGGAGAGCAUCCAGGAAACGGAGCCCUUCCUCCAGGACACGGAGGGAACACUGUCCUCUCUGGACACCAAGCUUCCUUCUUGUGGUUCUGGUCACAGUUCAAAGAAGGGGGGCUCCUCCACCCACAUGGACGACUCCCUGUCUGGUGAGUCCGAUGUGGACACAGCAAGCACCGUCAGUCAGGUGAGUAGCAAAAACGCUCCCGUUGGCCCCGCUUCCAAAAAGCGACCUGCCGUAAGCAGCCUCCAGAAGGAGAAAUCCUCCUCCAGCCCAUCCAUCCAAGAAAAGGGCCGACAGUUGAGUGCUCGCGAGCGGCUCUCUGAGAAACGGCGGACGCAGACCGCGGCAGACGCACCGAGCAAGGCGGAGGCAGCAAAGCGUUUGCAGAUGCGCCGCAGUACGGGGAACCGUGGUUCUCUGGAUUUGUCUGAAGGGCAACAAGGUGCCGGACCUAACUGGACCGAAUCUACUUCAUCUGAUCACGAAGUUUCCCGUCCGUCCGGUCGUACCAAGAAAGUGAUCGCCCCUCUACAGAAGGAAGACAACGGAAAGACCCCCAAGUCGGCAACUCAACAGGUCUUAACUCGUUCCAACAGCCUGUCAGCACCGAGGCCGACCCGCGCGUCCAUGCUUCGACGCGCCCGCCUCGGCGAGGCUUCAGACAACGAGGGCACAGAGACCGAUCGGGCCUCCCAGAAUUCUGAUCACGUCUCUGCGCCCACUAAGGCCUCAGGUGAAGCCAAGAAGCUGUCCAGGCUGGACAUUUUGGCCAUGCCCAGGAAGAGAACCGGCUCGUUUACGACUCCCAGUGACAACGAGUCCUCCACGAGCCGGUCUGGUUUCUCCGGUCGCAACAACGAGCCUGCGGCCACCGCGAGGAAGACCUCCGUGGGCGACGCUCGCCAGGCAGCCAGUAGAGGGGGCGGAGCUCCAGUCAAGCAAACGCUGACCCGUACCCGAUCGAGCGGAGUCAAGCACCUCAGCAGCGGGUCGCGUCGCAAACAGAAGGGCUCCGACUUCUCAUCUUCCUCCGAGGAAGAGUACGAGAAAAACACCGACUUCAAAGCUAAGCGGUCUUCCCAUUCAACCAGUGCUGGCCAAUCAUCACGCGGCCAGAGAACCGCCGCCAGCAGAAGCAAGUCCGUCUCACUGGAGACCGAGGAGGAGGAGGACCAAAACGACAUGGACCCGUACCAGAACUGGUCCACUCACAGCGCCGAGAUCGCCAAGCUCAGUCAAGACUUGGCGAAGGAUCUGGCCAUCUUGGCGAAGGAGAUCCACGACGUCGCAGGGGACGGAGACUCUCCCAGCUCUGGAAUGGGCACCACCACCUCACCUACGUCGCUCCCUAACACGCCCGCCUCCACCAUGUCUGCCCGGGAGGAGGUUGAUCUGCAGGAGCUUCAUGUUGCUUCAAACUCUUACAACUUUCCAUAUGUUUGUUCUUCUGCAAAGACGCCAUCUGUUCCAUAUCUUCACGGGGUUCGACAAUCUCAGCUGGUCCAUCGUAUUCCUGAGGCCAGCUUAAACUACCAGAAGGUUCCUCCAGGUUCUGCUGCCAUCUUGGACCUGGAUGCAAAUAUGAAUGAGCCAGAGCCCAGCUCUUUACAACGCCGUCCGUGGAACCGCGAAGAGGUGAUCCUGGACAACCUGAUGCUGAACCCGGUGUCUCAGCUGUCUCAGGCCAUCCGGGAGAACACCGAGCAGCUGGCGGAGAAGAUGAAGGUUUUAUUCCAGAACAAAGCAGACGUCUGGGAGGAGAUCGAGGCGAAGAUCAACACUGAAAACGAAGUCCCCAUCUUGAAAACCUCCAACAAGGAAAUUACCUCCAUUUUGAAGGAGCUGAGAAGAGUCCAAAGGCAGCUGGAAGUCAUAAACACCAUCGUGGAGCCAGGUGGGAGUCUUCAGGCGGCAGCCAUGGGGACGUCAUCUCAGCCUCAAACUCGGCAAACAUCGAAGGACAAGAAGCCCACCACCAAACCCCGGACCUCCAACGCCAACGAAAGCACCAAGCGGCCGCCUCGUGGGCCCGAUGGGUCCCACCACAUGCCCUGAGUGGGCAACCGUAGCACAUUUGGACAGAAAUCAUGCAUCCACGCCACUGUGGUGCUUAGUGGAAACCCACCCGGGGAGUUGGUGUUGUGUUUAGACACGAACGCCCUCUCUGGGUGUCGUGCUCGCCAGGACCGGCGGUGGUGUGGAUGCACUGAGACUGUCCAGAACAAGCCUCUCAUCUGUGCCCAAUGAUUUCAUCCGAACAAGAACAUCGUGAUUGGCCACAGUGUCUCUUUGUAGAGCUGCUUUCACGUCGCACAAGCUCAACCAAACCUAGUCAAAGCUACAAAAAGAAGCAGCUGCUCACGCCGGUGUUACGCGGACAGUCCUGUACAGAGGUGUAUUAUUAACUUUGUGCUUUGAUGAUCUGUUGUGUCGCGUUUGAACAGAGGAUAGAAAAUGCCCUUAUAGCAUUCUGUGUAUAUUUAUAAUGCAAAAGUCUUACUUUUGUGCCCGUCAGAGGGGUCCCACGCUGCCGCCACGCUUCACAGACAGGACGCAGCCGUCUCCGCCUGCAGAACGCCUGCAGAACGCCUGCAGAACGCCUGCAGAGCGCCGUAUUCCACUGAAUGUUUUUCAGUUCUGUUGCCUGUCCAACGGCACCCAGGCUCUCGGCCUUCUCCAUCUCGCUGUGAUUGUGCUGCUUCAGCUUCGACGUAGCUGAAUGUUGUGAGUGCUGAAUGUGGGAGAGACUCUGUGAAAUAACGGAAAACUCUAAACUCAGUGAAUGAAUCAGUCUAAGUUGUGAAAUGCUCGGGUCCUGUGCUGCCUUUUGGUGCGGCUGCUUGUCUUAUAAAUAACAGUUUGCCGUUGAUAUUAAAUUACUGGAGUCUAUAUGAGAGAAUAACUUUUCACAUUUGACCUCAGUGACCAAAAUAUGUUAUACAGGUAAAUAACUUGCAUGUUAUAAGACCCUUGACGUAUAAAACUGUCGGAUCCAGGGAUUAUCAAGCUUGGAAGAUUUUAGCCAGGAGGUUUGUUCCCCCUUCACUACAGAAAACACUGAAAAAUGCAGGAUUGGUAGUUUUUAGAAUGCCACAAAUCCUAGUGGGAAAAGCAGAUUCCCAAAUAUCCCUUCAAUUUGCCCGAAUCAUAUUUCUGCCGCUCUGUUUUUGGGUCUUUGUUUGCAAAGUGAUAGACAGGCAGGUUCACCUUUGGACUAGAGAUGAUGGUAUCAUCAGCAUAGAUGAUAACGGGUCACGGUUUUGUGAUGAAAGCUUCUCCAUGUUUGUGAGUUAUGACAUAUUUAAGUGGUUCCUGUCAAUAAAUUUAACCCAGAGGAAUAAAGACUAGUAACUGAGAAUCCACAUCUGUAAUUCAACUGGUCCGCCGUUGAAUCUCUUCAAAAUAAAGGACAGGGUUUUUGGAGAAAUACGUGAUUGUGAUUGGACAAAGCAGCUAUCGUCUCAGUCGAACCUUGACCAAUCAGAGUAAUGAACCAAAGCCUUUCAUCUUCAGACCUGAAUCUGAAUGAAUCAUCUGCUGAUUGGUCCUAACAUUAAGUUAUUUUUACUGAUCGUUUUAUCUCCAGUUGCACUGAUUCUUCAUUUGGGCUUAAAAUCCUGUUGUUUCAGGUGGAAAAAUAUUUAGUCUUAAAAAGACUUAACAUUCAAACGAGUUCCUUUUAACUUUAGGUGGAUAAUCCCUCUGAAUUUUCCUUUUAAUGUUAGAUUACUGCCCCUUAAAUGAAAGCAAAGCUGUAUUCCCAGAUUUUCCCCACCAACACCCCCUACUUUGACUCUUAAGGCUGCAACUUUGAGCUGAAGCUCGUUGCAUUAGUUUUGCAGUUAACUUAAUGUUCCUGAGCAACAACUCUCACAUCUGUGUGGAAACCUCGUGUGCAUCGCAGUUUUAGAGAAGUGCUGUACGGCAGAGUAUUUAGAGUUUUCCCCUCGCUGGAACGACGGUGUAAAGUAAGAUGUGUGUGUUUGUGUGCGUCUGUUUGCUGCUGACUGUGCUGUAGUCGCUGUGUGCCGGGCUAACGUUUGUGUCGUUCUUCCAUCUUUGUGUUGUCUGAGCGCUGGACAGGCAGAGCAAAGCGGUGAAAUUAUCCUGUUCAUCUCCAGAUAGACUCAUGAAUCGGUUUACUCCUGGCUUCAUUAGCUUAGCUUAGCAUAACUGCUGAAAACAGGGUGAGACUGACGCCAUCAUCAGGAAAAUGUUUGGGUUGUUGUGUCCUUUCAACCAAACCAUCUUAUACCAGUAGUUUGUGAACACGGCUAUGUAAAAUGUCGCUAUAUUGUUUCACAGGGAAUCUUAAGGUGUUUUUAAUUAGUGAAACAAAUACAUUUAAUUGACACCAAAAUAGUCCAUUAUAGGUUAAUCUCCAAACCUGGAGACAAACAACAGAGACUCAAUGAUUGAGCUCUGGGGAACUCCGGCAGUUAAUUUGUGUUUAAUUCUGUGUUUAAUGCUACAACAUUGUUUUUUUUUCAGGUUUUAUUGUCUUUAGCAGACAGGUAUAAAGCAUUUUGAAUGGGACGUUUUUGUGUAUUGUCUGAUGUAGACAGGCCCCCAUUUGCAGUAUUAGAGCCCAACUAGGCUAACUUCACUGUGGAGAUUAUGCUGUAGAAAUACAAAAAGAAAUGAAAUACUAUCUAUGGAAACCCAGAUAAAACACUUUAAAGAAAUAAAAUGUUUGCCUUAAUCAAGACUUAAUGUCUUGAUUUUCACUUUUGAAGUUAAUCAUCUGAUACAAAAGCAUAAAAAGAUACUUUUAAUGUCAUAAUUGUGAAACACAAGCAUAAGUAAAAAAAAUACUUAAGGUGGUUAAUUAUGGUUGUGUAUGAUGUUAAUCUGAAAAUUAUAACAUCAAAAGCCAUAAUCCUUAAUUUGUUUCUUAUUAUUAUGACUUUAAAAGUCAAAAUCAUAACAUUGAAUCACAUCUUUAUUAGUUUGUAUCUCAAAAAUACGGCUUUGAAAUUCAUAAUUCUGAUUUAGCAUCCUGUACAACAUUCAGAAAUAUGACCUGGAUUCUCAUAACUGCAGCGCUUAAAGUCAUAUUUAUACGUUUAAAACUGCGACUCUUCUCCUCAAGUGGCACAAAUGGGCUUCCGUAGUUUCACUGAACAGCUGACUGGAAGUGUUAAAGUUGGAGAAAUCGGUCAUGGCGUACCUUUCAUAUAAAGUGCAUGUUUCCUGUAACUCCAGGCAGGUGAGAUUUCGAUGCUAGAUCACCAAAUGUGCACUUUUUCCAUCGGAUGACCAAACACCUGAAGAAUAUGGGCUGAGCUGAAUAUUUAUCCUUUUAUUCUGAUUGUUUUUCUCUGCAACAGUUGAGAAUGUAUUAUUUUAAAUCACCUGCACACAUCUCAGUCCUGACUGGCCGACGCUGUGAUGAUGUAACGGCUGCUGCUACAGCUGAUUGGUCGUUGGGGCUCCAUGUGCUCUGUUGUUUUGUUGCAGUGCAUGCAGUUGUGAACCAACGAGCUGAAGAAAACCAAACACCUGCUCUCUUUGUCUUAUUUUUUAUGCAUCCGAUCAGAUUAUGGUGCUCCAGACGGAUGUUUGUUUCUAGCAAACAGUUUUUACUUUCCUUGGUUUUUCACAUAUCUGAGCUCUCAUUUAUCAUGAUUUGUUUGUAUCAUUCUGUCAUUUGUAAUAAACUGACGCCAUGCACUCUG